AUGGACCAGCAAGAAGAGCAACACCGGCAAACCGACGGCAACGAUCUCUUUGACAACAUUGAACCACACCUGCACCCCUUUGAUGCGCACAGGGUCUCCGUGCACACCUCCGCAGAGACGGGCCAGGAAACUCCAGAUCCACCUCCAGAGCACACCUCGGCCACCCCCGUUAUCAUCAUGACCCCUGUGGAAGACGAACAGGCACCAACACCCACAGUGUCAGUCGACAUGAACCCCAUGGACCCGAGCGAUAUCGAUAUGGAGGCUGCCUCGAUUUACAGCAAUCAGUCCUACGACACCGCACCCGAUUAUGAAGAGGCCUCAUUAUUUGAAAAGGACAACGGCAGCAGCGAUCAAGGUUGUAGUAUUGAAGAUAGCAGUGUCAAUAUCGACAGCAACAGCGAUAGUAAUCACCUCAACAACGACAGCGGCAUACCCUCCCCUCUGGAUAGUGAACACAGUGCAGGGGCGCGAACCCAUUCCUUUGUAACCCAACAUUCGACAAAGCUGCACAACCAAGACCAAGACCAGCAGAGAGACGCGGAGCAGGCUGCAAAUAGGCGGCUCAUCACCAUCGAGCCUGCAGCAUUGUUGAAACAACAACUGACUAUUCUACACCCCGCCCUUACAGCUACGCCCGACCCCUCGACAGUUCUACCCACAGUUUUCGCUCUCGCAUCAUCCGUUCCUAACCCGACUGUCCACCAAAUUUCUAUGACCACCCCUGGUCUGCCCACAGCAACUGAUCUGGUCCCUGUGCCCUUCAAAACCGUUCUCCACCCACCUCUGAACCCUGCAGGAGCUGCCAAUGCGUCUCGGACAGAAGAAGCUACUUCAAGACCCUUAUCUUCAGAGAGCAUUACUAGCCCAGAUUUUCCGAGAGCAGAGGAUCUAGAUGACAAUAUCCAUCCUUACUUUGCCGGGUCAAACUUGUUAGAACAACGGCCCUCAUCUCGGGACCGCAAUGCCGCUCAUGAAAAGGCUGAACUGAUCGAGCCUUCUGGACCCGAGGCUGGCUGGUCCAAGUUGGGUCCCGAUCAAGGCUCCUCAACGUUAUCGACCAGCUUUUUCACGCCCUUGUCAGACUCAGCCAGGGCGCCAGUGUCCCAUACGAUCUACAGUCAGCAUUUGGACCCGACUCACGACAGGCAAAAGGUGGACGAUUUCCAGCGACCACAAGAGGAGGCACUGGCUGCAACCGAAGAAAACAACUCGAUUGGAUCGAGAACGACAGUGUUUGGAUUUACUCCGAUAAACAACCCAGGGAAUCAGCAGGCCAACAUGCUAUCCAGCGAGGAAGGAGUGCUGAGGGAUGGACAUGUUUGUCAAAAGUUGCCAAUUGAUCAUAGGGCACGUUCAUCCGAUGGCGUUGGUGGUGACGGUGCCAUUGGAGGAGGCGGGUCGAGAGGCUACGGGAGCAAUUUGAACGAGCUUCUCAGCGGAGGAAUGUUAAACCCUAUGUCAACCCCUCGGGUACGCGCAGGAAUUUCGCCCACGCUCAAUCUGGAGCAGCAUGAGGACGCGACGGGGGUGCCGCAGGCGGAAGACGAAGAGUCGGUCAAGGAUCUGAUGGAUACGAAGGAUUGGAGCAAGACGGGUCUUGGACCAAGAUCGAGUUGGCCGACAGAACUUUUGACAUUUGUAUCGCUUCUGAUGCGGUCGGCCUCUCCGCUUGCUAUUUAUUGGGGCGACCAGCACUACCUGCUCUACAACGAUGCAUGGCGGCCGAUACUGAAGCGAAAGCAUCCACUUGCAUUGGGUGCUCCUGGAUCUACCGUAUGGAGCGAGAUUUGGGAUGUUUUAGCAGCCCAAAUAGCAGAAGUGAAAAGAACAGGACAUGGCACCGAUAACAAAGGCCUUCGGAUGGACCUUCGCCGUGAGGGCUACGAAGAGGAGUGUUACUUCGAUUUCACGUUCUCGCCAAUCCUCCUGCAGGAUGGGUCAAUAGGGGGCAUUUUUGCUGUUGUGCAGGAGGUGACUCAGUCGAUCCUGAACCAGCGACGCCUCAUGACGUUGAACCAGUUUAGCAAACAGGCACCCUUGAUUCAGUCCAUCAGAGGCGCCCACUCGAUGAUCACGACCAUUUUACAAGAAUCCAACAACCUCGAUAUCCCCUUCUCAAUUGUCUACAAGAUGAAGGAAACCGCCAAAAAUCCUGCAACUUCGCACGCGUAUGGGACAUUUUCGCCGCAACCUUCGUCACAGCACUCGUCGUACAUCGACAACACCAGCAUCACACCACCUGAGCACGAAGUUCUCCUUAGAGCAGGACCACUUGCUGGUACAGGAAUGGGGUCGGAUCAGGACACGAGUAGUGCUGCCAGGUCCAAGGUUAGAUUGAUCCGUUCACAUUUUUCUGCUGGCCUUCCUCCAGACAAGAAGAACGGCCGUAGAAUUCCCCAAACAGCGAUUCUUUGUAGUACAUCCUUCGAUCGUAACCUGGAGACCGUGAGUUAUGGUGGCGUCAAAGAGAAAGUUUUUUCCAAAACGACCUCGUCACGACAUAUCCCCGAUUCACUUCUCAUCACCCCUGAAGAGUACGAGCCCCUCGACCCGUCGGAGCCUGUCCACGAUGACCCCUGGGCGUGGCCUGUGCGAUCGGUUCUUUCGGACGGUAUUCCACGACUAGUCACGCUGCCAAAAGCGACCCACAGGCUCGCCCGUGCCUUGCUGUUGCCAAUUCUCGAGAAUCCAUCUGUGCUAGAGUCGAGGAUCUCGACCAUCUUGAUCGUCGGUAUCAAUCCAUUCCAGAUGCUAGAUAAUCAAUACCUCGAUUUCCUUGCACUGUUAGUCGCCAACAUCGCAUCCCUUCUCCAUUUCGGCCGCUCGCGUGAGGAAGAACGCAUGAGUAAUGAGGCCCUGUUCGAGCUGAAUAAGGCCAAGAUCUCAUUCUUCCAGAACGUCUCUCACGAACUUCGAACUCCGUUGACAUUGAUGCUUGCACCGCUAGAUGACGUUCUUAAUCAGACGCCAGAGAACGCCCCAACUCGCCAAAACCUGGAAAUGGUCCGCCGAAAUUGCAGGCGUAUGCUAAAAUUGAUAAACACGCUGCUUCAGUUCUCCAGAAUCGAGGCCGGUAAAGGCCAAGCCCAGUUUGAGGAGACCGACCUGGCGAAGGCCACACGAGAGAUAUCGGCCAACUUUGAGAGCGUAGCGCGUGGAUUCGGCUUGGAAUACAUCAUCAAGUGCGAGGAUUUAAGUGGUGUGUCGGGUGGGAUCUGGGUCGACCGAGCCAUGUGGGGAGGCGUCAUUCUCAAUUUGAUCGGCAACGCUUUCAAGCACACAUGGGAAGGAUCGGUCACCGUGCACCAGUACCCAAGUAAGGGCAAAAACGGCCGUGACGGCGUGGCAGUGGAUGUCACGGACACAGGAGUCGGCAUCGCCUCGGAGCACUUGCAUACUCUUUUUGGUCGGUUCAAUCGCAUUGAAAGCGAGCAGUCUCGCUCGCAUGAAGGCACGGGUAUUGGUUUGUCCUUAGUCAAAGAGUUGACUGAAGUUCAUGGCGGUUCAGUGUCUGUUACCUCGGAGCUUGGCAAGGGCACAUGCUUCCGUCUCUGGAUCCCAGCUGGCAGAGCCCACCACCCUUGUGCUCAGGUCAAGUUGGGUGAUUCAAAGGACAAUUCAUUGCUCAGGCCGCCCAAGAACGAGGCCUUGAACAAUAAGACGGACGCUUCGAUGUAUGUGGAGGAGGCUCAACAGUGGAUCGCACACAAGGCACUUCCAGGAUCCACAUUAACAGCAUCUGGUACAGAUUCGACCGAGGAAGACAAAGAUGAGGAUGACGACGACGCACUCCAUCUGGGAAUUAAUUACAUGCAGAGAGAGGCCACCGGCGAGAUGAAUGCGUACUAUGAAGUCUCAGCCAUGAACCUGGAUGAGAAUGAGCUCACAAAGAUCCUGAUCGAUCCCCCAGAGUCAGGCGAUGUUGUUGUGCCAGAAAUUCCGCUCUCGAAGAUUGAUCCGCAUAUUCCUCCCCGCCGAACAUCUUCUACAGUCCACAGCCCCAAGGUCCCGAUGAUAGACAUACUUGGUCUUCCAUCAAGGGGAUGGGAGCCGCCCCAUGUGCCCCAGACGGGAGAGGUGAUUGAGAGAAGCGUAAAUGAUGAUGGUGGCUAUCGAGAAGAGGCCGUGACGGAUAAUCUUGCUGAGGAGCGUGAGGAAGCUAAGAAGUCGAUGCCUAGCGUUCGGUCCAGGAGAGGUUACAUUAUUAUCGUGGACGACAAUAACGACAUGCGGUCAUACCUCCGUGAGAUUCUAGGCAAGGACUUUAGAGUACGUUGCGCUGUCGAUGGUUUGGAUGCUAUUCGACUGAUCUCGGAACGGUUGCAUCAGGGCAAGCGUAUCGAUCUUGUUCUCAGCGAUGUUGCUAUGCCAAAUAUGAAUGGCUAUGACCUACUGAAGUGGCUUCGCAACGAUCCCGCGACCAUGAUGACUCCGUUCAUUCUGCUGUCUGCGCGUGCGGGCGAAGAGGCCAACGUGGAGGGACUGGAUCUUGGCGCAGAUGACUGCCUGGUGAAACCGUUUUCCGCAAGAGAACUCCUAGCUCGCGUGAGAUCUACGAUUCGCCUUUCUGAUCUUCGACAUGAACUCAUUCGGGAGCAGCGCCACGCACUUGAAAUGAAACAGCUGAUUUAUUCGAUCUCUGUUCGAAUCCGCAGUGGACUCUCGUUGCCACAGAUUCUGGACACGGCGUCAAGGGAGCUCUUCAAGGUGAUACGGUGCAACGCUAUCAGAAUUUGUCGCUUCAGGGGUGUCGAUCAGGAAACAGGGGAACAUUGGGUUAGAUUUGUCUCAGAGAUCGUUCAAGUCGGCAAUCCGAAAGUCUUGACACCCACGGAUCGUCUGCUACCCAAGGGGCUGGAGGUAGAGGAAUCCCUUGUUGCCAACAAUGAUCAUGAGUCAUCCGGUGAGCUUCGUCAUAUUACAAACCACCAGCACCCAGUCUUUGGCGCCAAGAAUUUUAUCAGUGUCGCAUUGAUCUACAAUCGCAAGGUCUGGGGUUAUCUUUUAGCGUCCCGCGAGGCUGAUAUGAAGGAUUGGUCGCAGAGCGAGAAGCUACUAUUUGAGCAGACUGGAAAUCAAAUCUCUCUGGCGAUUGCGCAUGCCAACUUGUGGGAGUUGAAAAAAUCACAGCAGGUGGAGAUGGAGGCCGCACAUGCGGCCAGCGAGGCCAAAUCUCAGAUUCUGGCGAACACGAGCCACGAACUGCGGACUCCCAUUGGAGCAAUUGUAGGAGCACUGAGUGCCCUUGAGGACACGGACUACAAUUUGACAGGCGAGCAGCGCGAUAUGGUCAAGAUCAUGCAGAUCACAAGCGAUGUCGCCUUGAGUGUCAUCAACGACCUUCUGGACACUGCGAAACUGGAGGCAGGAGCCAUGAGACUGAAUAUCAAGGAUUGCCCCAACAUUGUUGAGACUCUGGAGCAAUCCGUGCGCAUCUUUGCGGAUAAGGCUGGGCGCAAAGAACUGGAUAUGAUCAUGGAACCGUCAGAAGAUCUGGAUAAUUUGGUGAUCUUGCUUGAACAAGGAAACUCCGUUUGGACGGAUGGAGAUCGCCUUCAGCAGGUUAUUAUGAACCUUAUCGGCAAUGCAGUGAAGUUCACGGCAGCAGGCAAGGUCUGCAUCAAAUUCACGCUUCAUAAGAGUGACGCGCCUUUACUCGGCGGCGACUCUACGGCAGACGUUCAGCAGCAACAGCAACAGCAACAGCAACAGCAGCAGGAGGUCCAGCAAUCACCGGAUGCACGAGUACGUUUGCAGAUCCCACCAGACGCAACAAUGACUCAGGUGACGUUCCGGUUUGAGGUAUCGGACACGGGUAUCGGCAUCGACAGUGAAUUUUUAAAGAACCACAUCUUCAAGAGUUUUGCGCAGUAUGACCAGACGAUGACCAGGCGCUUUGGUGGCACUGGGCUCGGUCUCGCCAUCAGCAAGCACCUUGUCAUGAUGAACGGGGGCAUCCUGGGCGUAACCUCGACUGUGGGCCAAGGAUCUACUUUCUACUUUACCUGGCCUGCUUUCAUCGUCACCUCACCUUCUGUUCCCACUGUGCCUAAAUCACCAUUUCGUCCUAGACUCUCGCCUGAGGUUGCGUUCGCGACGCGUGUCGUUGUGGUUGAGCCACUUGCGGAUGCCAGGCAGGUAUUGUGCAAGUUCUUAAAUCAGCUGAACGUCCAGGUCACGCCAUAUGAGAGCUACGAGGGUGUAGUGCAGGAUGAACAAGGUCGACAGCCUGAUUUACUGAGACCAGAUGGAUCUGCGCUGACCGCAAGCUACAGACCGAAUGUGCAUUUUUUCCUUACCACGCGCAUGAACACUGCUGACUCCGUUGUCGAGACUGCACGAGCACUCGCCGUGUUAUACAAUCAGAGGAACGAUCUGGUCAGGACUAAUGGAAAUGCAGACUACAAGGUCUCUAUCGUACUGGUUAUCUUUUCUUCUCCGCAGAGUCGCUAUUUGGCCAAGGACACAAUCAAGAGGAUUUGCGCCGAUGGCUUCGAGGAUAUGGUGCGAUGUCAUUACAUCGUCAAGCCUGUAAUGACAGACCGUAUCGUCGAGUGUUUACAGAUGGUGGAGUCUCAUGAAGCUUUCACGCAAGACGUGAGUGAAGAAUCGCCAAAUACGACUCAGGCGGGCACGAUUCAGAGCGGAUACCAGCAGCUUUAUCGUCGCCACUCGAAACAUAGUCAGCGUGCCUUACCCAACGAACAUGACUCGGAUCACAACGCAGAGUCCACAGAUAGGCAGAUCCUCCCUGCUAACAGCAGUGUGAGUCCUGUGUCCAGUGAUUAUGAGCGGGAUAUCGACUACAACAGUAACACGCUAGAAGCCUCAUCGUUGAAUCCGGAUAGGAGAGCGAGUUCACCAGACCAUAUGUCUGUUGCUGCUCCGAAGACCAAUGUCGAUUUGACCUCGCCUGCAAGCGCAUCACGCCCAGUUACGGCCGCCAGCAACACUCCUGGCCAUCAAAGGGUUUCUUCCGCAACACAACGUCGACUCCGCAUGAAAAUGAAUAGCGAUAGCUCAGCCAACCGGGCCGGUGCAGCAGUGAAACCAAUCGCUGGAACUCAGUCCACCGAUGAGUCGGCACAAUCUUCAAGCGAGAAUCCAGCCUUCAGUAAUCGAGCUGCCAGAGCUGCAGCGGGCAAACGCGAGCGUAAAGGAAAAUGUAUCCUGUGUGUCGAAGACAACAUUAUCAACCUGAGGGUUGUUCAAUACCAGCUCCAGAAACUGGGUUACGAUACGCAAUCAGCAUGCGAUGGCCAAGUAGCCAUCGACAUCAUCAAAUCUCAGGUUGAGAUGCUGGGUGAGGGCACGACAGCUCUGCUGAGCGCACAAGAUCGCCAGCCACAGACGGGAGGUAUGGAUGGCGUCGGUAUUGCUCUCUGCUUCGCAGGGGAAUCUGACAAACAGCACUUGUCUUCAUCACCAGCAUCGUUUCAUAUGAGCAUUGGGAACGGCUUUCUGUUAAUUCCGGAGAGCAAUGGAAAUAUGAGCCAUAUCUUUGACCAAACAGAGCUGUUGACUUCUACUUUGAUUCCAGGGUCAGCCAGAAUGGCAUCGAUAUCGACGACAAAUGUAUUAGCGCCAUUAUCCGAUGCGAUCUCAGCUUCUUCGUCCUCAAUCCCGGCAUUGGGCGACGCGACCACGAUUACAACUACGACUACAACCACGACUGCGACUGAGGCCACGAUAUCGCUUGCUCCUGCUAUUUUGGAUGGCGUCGACGAGUCCGCGACUGGACAACACCCUAUUGCUGUAGCGACAGCCACAAGUCCGAAUCCGUCCAAGACUGGUGCGCUGGAAGGGUUAUUAUCGUCAUCAUCGUCGACGUCUUUGAGAAAUCAUUCCAAGAUUGAUCUGAUUCUGAUGGACUGUGCGAUGCCGAUCAAGAGUGGGUUUGAAGCAGCGAGUGAGAUUCGAGCGAUGGGUCAGUCAUCUACAUUUGCGGCGAAUAUCCCGAUCAUUGCGCUGACUGCCAGUGCGGUUCCGUCGACAAAGGAAAAGUGUAUUGCAUCAGGGAUGAAUGGGUACCUGAGCAAGCCGACGAAGCUAGCGAAUCUGGAGGCUAUGUUGGAUCAGUGGAUUGAGUAA